AUGAGACAAGUACAAGGACUGAAUCGAAUUCCAAGCGUAGAAAAUUACGAUCUAUUCAAUAAAAUAUAUUAAAAGUCUAAGUUAGCAAGGACAUAAUAAUCCUCUUAAGAUUUGCUUUAUGAUGGUGAUCAAUAUCGUAUUUAGUAAAGCUAAUAAAUGUUGGUUGAAUAUCUAAAAGAUUUAAAUGAGAUGAUUGAAGAUGUAGUAAGAUUAGUGGAUUAACUGCACUCACUUAAUGAAUAAGAAGUAAACAAUCUUUUUUAACAUAUAAAAAAACAAUUACGUAAUUUAAAGUCAGUCAUCCAAUCAAUAAUGGAUCUUAUGUUAGGAUAAGGAAAGUCACCAUUUUAAGCUCAAAAACCAUCUCAUGUCAAUAUUGUAAUGGUUAACACAAUUAGAACAUAUUUGGUUGAAGUGUAUAUUCCAAAUUUGUUAGAGACUGCUAAGUAUGCUCUAGAUAAUUUUGAAGGCUACAAAGAAACAUUCUUAAAAGAUAUAAAAAUAGCAUCUACAUAAUUAAUAAUGAUUAAUCUUAUAUUUGGGGCAUCAGUUGAUAUUGAUAAAAACUCUCUUUUCUCUUUAGAUAAGAAUCAUAAAGAUUGGAAAGAACUCUAUCAAAUUUGUGAAAGAAAAUCAUUGGGAGAUGUUGAGAGAAUAAAUCAAUCAUUUGAUAAUUUUGCUAACACCAUAUUAAUUGGACAUGCUAUCAUGGGAAAAAGCAGUAAAUUUAAGAAUGAAAUAUUAAAAAAGAUAUAAUUAGCAAUUAACAGUGUUUAUUAUCAAAUUUUUGAUGCAAAAAAAGAAGCCUUCACAAACAUGAGUUAAAUGAAAGCUCAAAAUGCAAUUGAAGUUAUGAAUAUGAUUGAAACACCGGCAAUCAAAAAAAUUAUGGCUAUGGCUUAUCCAAAAAUUAAAGUUAAUUGUAAAAUUUAUAUUGAUCCUGUUGUUACUCCUAUUUCAAUUUAAAUGAUAAAUAGUUAAUUAAAAACUGGAUAAUUAAAUAAAAUAACUUCCCAACAAAUUAAAUUAAUAAACGAAGAAUUACAUCUUGAUCCUAAUGCAAAAUCAAUUUUACAUAAAUUUGAUCCAUAAAAAUUAAGGAUAAGAAUUUUAUGCAAUUCCUCUAUAGAUGAUACAAGUAGUUCAUGGUUUUCUAAUCAAUAAUAACAUAUAUUACAUGAUACAAUUCUAGUACAUAUUCAUGGAGGUGGAUUCAUUGCUCAUUCUAGUUCAAGCCAUUAAUCUUACACAAGAGAAUGGGCAAUUAAAUUGGGAAUUCCAAUUUUUUCUAUAGAUUAUUCAUUAGCUCCAAAAUAUCCUUAUCCUUAAGGUUUAGAUGAUGUAUGGUAAGCCUAUAAUUGGAUCUUAAUUUAUUGUUACAAGCAUUUUGGUAUCAUUAAAUUAUUUUAUCUUAUAUAGAUAUACAACCUAAAAGAAUUAUUGUAGCAGGUGAUUCAGCAGGAGGUAAUUUAGCUUGUGCAUUGACAGGAUUAGCAAUUAAAAUGGGAUAGAGAGUUCCUGAUGGAUUAUUUAUGGCUUAUCCUGCUUUAGACUUAAGAUUUAAUUUCACUCCAUCAUUUUUGCAUGCACUAACUGAUAAAAUAAUUAGUCAUACUAUUUUGGGAAUUUGUGUUGAAUCUUAUGCUAAAAAUCCCUUAACUUAAUUAAGCAGUGAUCCAUUUAUUAAUCCGCUAUUGCUUUCAGAUGAAAUUCUUGCUAAAUUUCCCCCUACCAGACUUAUGUGUGGAACUAAGGAUCCAUUGCAUGACAAUACUUGGGCUUUCGCUUCAAGACUUUUGUAAAUUUUUAUAUUUAUGAUAUUAGAAAACUAAAAAAAAAUGUCCAAUUUACUAUUUAUGAAUAAAUUUGUCAUGGAUUUUUGUGUUAUAAAACUAUCAAAGGAAUGUAAGAAAUUUAAGUUUGUAUUGAUGAUGCAGUUGCAUAUAUACAGGAACUAAUAAACCUAUCUAAAUCUUGA